AUGGACUACCCAAAGGGAUUAGAUCCGUUAAUUUCAAGACAACAUUUAUUGCAUCAUACAUUCUCACCAUUAAUUUCAAUUCAUGCUACUCAUAAUGUUGAUGUUAUUUUUCAAUCAAUAACGAAUAAUCAAAACAUCUCCACAUUACAAAUAUUCAAACCAUAUGGGAACAAUGCCAAAUAUUCAGUACCAAAUCAACAAUAUAAAAUAUUAAAUACUCAGUUGAUGACGAAAAAUUAUGCUAGUUUCCCCAUAAGAUUUGAACCUUCUUUACCUGAACUUUUAAGUAUUUUAAAUGCUCAAAGCAAUAGCAAUAUUGGUGGUAAAUCACUGAAUAGACUUGCUUCUAGUUCUUCACCAACUUUAUCACAUUCAUCAUUGAAUGAAGGUAUUAUAGGUGGGAGUAAUAAUAGUGGAAACAGCGGAACACCGUUGAAUCAAUUGUUUAGUAUUUCUUCGUUAGAAAGUUAUUUAAGACAUGUGGCGAAAGAUAAUGGCAAAGAUAUGUACUUAACAUUAUUUGAUAAGAUGAUUACUUCAAAUCAAAUUACUCCAUUUGAAACAUUUAAUCAUCCAGUAAGUCAAAUUUUCAUUAUUGAUUAUGAAACUGAUUCAAUAGAAGAUUUAAGAAAAUUAAUUGUUGAUUUUAGAAAUUUUAAUUUCCCAAAAUAUUUCCAAAUUGAUGAUUUAAUGGUUCAUAUUUUUAUUAUUUAUGAUUUAGGUAAAUUUUCCAGUAAUGAAAUUGUAAGUUUCUCAAAUGAAAUCAAGAAUAAAUUAAAUCUUAAUUGUACUAUAUUCCCCAUGAACUAUAAUAAUGAAGAAACUGAGGAGGAUAAAAAUAUAAUAUCAUUAAUUGAGAAUUGUACAAUUGAAGAAGAUUUACAAAGAAUUAGCUUGAAUGAAUCAAAUGAUGGGUUUCAAAUAAGCAAGAGUAUAGAUGUGACUAUACGAACUAAAUUAAGUGAAUAUAUCAACAAAUUUUUAAUUCCUCAUAUGCAAGCAAAGAUUAGAUUAUGGGAUGAUCAGAUGUUACAACCAAAGAAAUCAAUUACGGGGAGAUUUUUCCUGGUUUCAAGGAAAUUGUUCAAUAGCGGGAAUAACAGUGAUACAAAUUUACUAAAUAAUUCUGCUAUAAAAAAUGGAGGUAAUAAUCCAAAUUCUUCAUUUAAUUAUCAGGAAAAUUAUUAUUAUAAAUCGUCUUCAGAACAAGUUUUAAGAAAACUAGCUGAUUGGUCAAUAAUGUUGAAAGAUUUCAAGUAUGCUUAUUCGACAUAUGAAAUAAUUAGAAAAGAUUACAGUAAUGAUAGAGCAUGGGUUUAUGUUGCAUCAACACAAGAAAUGUGUAUUGUUUCAUUAUUAUUAGCACAAACUCAACAAAACUUAAACCCAACGAUUAAAACCCCAGUUCCAGAUAAAAACACAUUAAGAAAGAUUAGACAUGAUAUAAUCGAUCCAUAUAUGGAUAACUUAUCAUAUACGUUUAAAUCAAGAUUAAAUUUGAAAACUUUUAGUUUCAGAACCAUGAUUAUUGUGGUGGAGUUGUUGUUGUGCAUGAGUCAAAUUUUCCAUAUUUCCUAUUGGUGGUAUGAAAUGAUUGAAAAGUAUCUUUUGAAAUUAUCCAGUGAUUUCGAACACCAUUUAGCAGGAGUAAUGACAACUUAUAAUUAUCUGAUUAUAAAAGCUAUUUUGCAUGAAAGAUUAGGUUAUAAUGCUGGCAGAUCGAUAUUUUUAUUAUGGGAAAAUUAUUCACUAUUACAGGAAACUCUUACAGGUCAGGAUAAUACCAAGGAAGAAGAACAAGAGGAAGAAGGAAUGUAUGUUAAUCAAAUGAAAAUGCCAGUACCGAAGAAUGCAACCACUAUUGGAUGUACAAGAUAUAGAAAAUCAGCAUUAUGGUACUUGUUAUCCAUGAAACAAUGGAAGCUACUGAACAAUACAUCACAAAUAAAACGAUUAUUUAAUAAUAUUGCAUUAGUAUACCCAGAAAAUGAAGAUAGUAUAGAAGCUUGGUAUAAUAGAAGUGAUGAACUAUUAGGAAACAUUAAACAAUCACUAGAGUAA